UGGGUGACAAUUGGCUGGUGCUGUGAAGUUUUUGGGAGAAAUUCAUCGGAACAUGUGGAACCCCUCUCUAUCAAAACAAACGCAUCCUUGCUAUUCUCCACUGGAAACCCUAAUGCAGGGAUCUUAAAAACCCACUAUAUGAUAGUCGUAAAUAUGAAUGAUUCUGAUGAUGAUGAAACUCCGUACCCUUCAAGACCCAACGCCAUUUACACUUCUUCUCUUCCAUCGAGACGCUCAAUUCGAAACCCUAACUUUUAUCCAAGAAAUACCCAUUACGAUGAGUAUAACAAUGAAUAUCAAUAUAACAAUUAUGAUGAUGAUGAAGAAUCUGAUGAAAAUGAAAACCAAGAAUUUAGCACUGGAGAAAAUGAGUUUGUUACUUUUCAAGGUACACACAAAAAGAAAAGAAAGUUGGAAACUUUAGUCUUAAAUUACGAAUUUGCCCCUCGUCUGGGUUCUCAUAGUUCAAAGGAAACGUGGAGUGAAGAGGAGAGUUUUGUGUUGUUAGAAGUGUGGGGUGAGAGAUACUUGGACCUGGGACGGAGGAGUUUACGGGCUGAAGAUUGGGGUGAGGUUGCCGAGAAAGUAACUGAAAUGAUUGGUGUUGAUAAAAGUGAAAUUGAGUGUAGGAAUCAAUUAGAUGUGCUAAAGAAGAAGUACAAGAAGGAGAUAACGAAGAUGGAGAAAACUGGUGGUGGGUUUCAUAGCAAAUGGCCAUUUUUUAAGAAAAUGGAUAUGUUGAUGAAUUUGAGGAUGAAAGGGCAUUGUGGUUUGGGGUGUGGGCUCGAUUCAGGAGAGUAUGUGUUUAUGGAUCCACGAAUGUACUUGGAUAGGUCGAAUGUGUUGGAUGAGAUGAGGGAUAGUCCGGCAGGAUCAGAUGCGGAUAAUGAUGAAGAAGAGGAAGAGCAGGGUUCUGGAGGUUGGAAGGGUGACGAUGAGUCAGCUAAGUUGUUGGCGGAUUCAAUUCAAAGGUUUGGGCACAUAUAUGAGAAGAUUGAGAAUAGUAAGAGGAAGCAGAUGAUGGAGCUGGAGAAGAUAAGAAUGGAUUUCCAGAGGGAGUUGGAGCUGCAGAAGAAACAGAUUGUUGAGAGGGCGCAGGUCGAAAUUGCUAAAAUAAGGGACAAUAGCGAAAAUGAUGACAAUGAAGAUGAAGAUUGUGCGAACGCCGACAAUGUUUCGUGUGAGAAGCUUAGGGGCUGAUGCAGGAAGCUGGAAGCAAACAGUUGUCUGAAUCUGGAAAACAAAAAGGGUCAUGGGAAAAAUCAGAUCUGGCCAGAAUCUGAAAAACAGAAACAGUCGUCGGAAUCUGGAAAAUCCAAUUGGUGCGUGGGUUGGCUGGUGGUGGUGAAGCUUACUGGGUUACGCUCACGCCAAUGGUCCAAGUCUCGUGGUGGUGUUGGUUUGAUCACAGUACCUCCAAAAAUCGAGGUCUUUUCCGACAACCAAGAAAAAUAAAUUGAGAAAAAAAACAAGUUUAAAAGUUUAUCUUCCAAUGUUGCCGACCUUAAGCAGGCUCCAUUACCAUGUGAAUUGAAAGAGAAAUAAGAGAAAAACUCAGUUUUGAUGUCAA